GUUAUUGUCUAUGCUCCGUGUUAUUACUGCCCAGCCCGCCAUGUCGCAGCCGCCGGCAGACGCCCCGCAGGACGACUGGCAGGUCGCCUACGUCUGGGCCUUCAUCACCGCCUUCAACCUCAGGCACCGCAUCCCCCGCCUCGAGUCCCAGCAAGACCUCGAGCUCUCCCUCCGCCAGCCAGUCGCCACCCGCCCAGACGACCUCCUCGAGAGCACGCUCAUAUGCUUCCUCUCCAACCUCCGCCCAGCCCUCAGGAACCUCAAUGCCGAAAACGUCCAGUCCUACCUGUCCAACUACAUCUCUGACCAGCUCGCCACCACGUCCGAGUGGACCGUGUGGGAUCCGUCGUGGCCCAUCAACGAGGAGAACCGCGGUUCGUGCUGCACCGACGACCCUGAUCGCGCAGAGCUAGGUCGCUUGAGGUAUCAAGGCGAGCCGCCGGCCGACAGGGCGCGGCGGAAUCCGUUGAAGAGGAUGGAAGAGAAGGGUGGAGGUCUGUUUGAACUCGACUGGGCUGAGAGAGCUAGGUUACUGAGACAGCUAGUCGAUUGGCAGCUAACACACUCGGAACAUAUCCGCACUAUUAUCAAUAAUGCAAAGAAAGGCCCAGAGGCCAAAUCGAAGAAAGGAACGGCCUCCAAGAAGCCUCUGCAGGACGAAGCCCCUUCCAUCAGCAUAGAACCUUUGGGUCAAAAUAGGAAUCGCCAACGGAUAUGGGCACUUGAUGAUUCGUGGCGAUUAUACCGUUCCGGCAAUCCCUUCAAGCGACCUUGCCCCAUGGAAUCGUUUACUCACACCAGAGAUGAUUAUUUUGCCUACAUUGCAGAGGUCGAAGAGUAUGGCGGACAGUCUCAGGAAGGAACAAAGAAGGAAAAAGCGACCAGCCAGCAUAGAAGGUUUAUCAAAGGCGUCCAGGAUGAAAAGAAAUUGGCGGAGAUUCUGAAGGAUAGGAUAGAGAGAAUAGAAAAGGAAGAAGCGAGGGUUCAAAGGGCCAAACGGAAGAUUGCCCAGGCCGUGCAAUUACAACAAGCGGCGGAAAUGCGCUCGACGCGAACAAGAAGGCCUGUCCGCAAGGUUGAUUACAUCUAUGGAAAUGAAGAUGAGGAUGAGGAACCAUUGCCUACCCGCAGAUCAUCUCGCCCUUCCCGUCAGUCCGGUAGAGACGACGAGUCAUACUCUGCUUUAGAUUCGCGCGGACGCCCUGUCAUCCCUGGUGAAAGACGCAGCACAAGGGUGAGCGGUGCAGCCCGCGAGGUUGUGGAGGAUGAUGAUGAUGAUGAUGAUGAUGAUCGGGAUGAUGAAACUCCUCGGCAACCGCCGCCGCUCCCACAACCAGAAGCAGUCAGUGGACCGGCCAACGGGAGAAAGGCCCCCAAGGGGUAUGCUUGGGUGCAGGAGAAUGUGGGUGGGGAAGAUUCGAGUCCUGGCGUAGCAGCGGUCGACGACCAGCAACGACGUGUCGAGCCUACAUCGGCAAAGCAACAAGACGUUCAAUCUGAAGAUCAGGUAGCCACACCACUGGAAUCAACAGACACUAGUAGGGUGGAAUUCGAGCAGAGCGAACAGGGUGUCAGACUAGGGAUGCUGGAACAAGGUGAAAACGAUGAACAAACGGAAAUCACGAUGGAAGUUGAAGUGUAGCAAUCCUCAACAGGGACAUCGAGGUCGUUGGUUGCAGUUAGUAGAGGUAUUUUACAUAUCAUCAUGCAUUCAUGUUUCGUCAAC